CAUAGGAAAGGAUAUAUGGAAACAAAAGUCGAUGAAGACUACAGUAGAAGAGUACUGGAUGCAAACAGGAGAAAGAGCAAGCUAGAUAAGUUGAAAGAGAAAGAAUUAGAGAGACAGAAAAACUUAAAAGAUAUCAAUGAUGUUUUGUUGUCACAUGACUCCAUGACAGAAGAGAUUCAAUUCAGCAGUGAGGAAGAAAAGUCAAACGAGGACUCUGAAAUCAGCGAGGAAGAUGAUUUCCUGGGUAACGGUCGGAAACGCAGGUACAAUUCUGGAGAUAGGAUAAAUCUAGCAGUGAAUGUUGAAAAGCUCAUUGAAUGUACUGCUAUUCCAGCAACAAGGUUCAAUGUUGGUGUACGAUCUCAUCUGGCAAUUUUAAGUGAAGUAUUUAAAGCUGGAGGUAUAGAAAUUAAUGAUAUACCGCUUUCACGAAGCACACUUCAUAGAAAAAAGUUCAAAUAUGUAGAACUUGAAGGAGACUCGGAGUGGAUUUCAAUAUCUAAUCAUCUUAAAGGCUGACGGCUUAUUCUUCAUUUUGAUACCAAACUGUUGGAACAAAUUACCACUGGGCUUAACAUUAUUCAAAAAAUUGAGCGACUUGCAGUCUCAGUGAGUUACCCGGAUGACGAUACCAUGGAAGACCAUCUUUUAGGUGUUGUUCAAUGUCCCUCUUCAAAGGGAGUUGACCAAGCAGAACAAGUGCACAAUCUUUUAGAAUAUUACGGAUGUAAAGAGCAGAUCAUUGGUAUAUGCUGUGAUACAACUGCAAGCAAUACAGGCGGAGUAAAUGGAGCAGUCUAAAUUCUUACAGAUAUUUUGAAAUUACCAAUUUUGUGGAUAAUGUGUAGGAGACACAUAUAUGAAGUACAUGUAUCUCACUAUAUGGCUGCCCUUACUGGUGAGAAAACUAAAGGUCCAAGAAGAGCUCUUUAUGUCAAGCUAAAAAACAAGUGGCCUGAAAUCUGUGAGAAAGUGAAUGAAGUGAAAAAUUUAUGUAAAUUGGACUGGCAAAGAGAUGAUCUGAAGAUUGGCUCUGUUCUUCGCACUGUUGCAGAGGAAGCUAAGACAUUUUUGACUAAUGCAACUACUGAUAUAGUGUUUUCAAGGAAUAAUUACGGUAU